AUGCCUUCGUUCAUGUAUUCACUGGCCGUCGCCUCCCUGGCCGUUAUGGCUCUUGCCGACACCAUUAAGAUCACCGCCCAGAGCGACAACUCAUUCAACCCAAACUCCGUUACGGCUAAGCAGGGUGACAUCCUCGAGUUUCACUUCCAGCCUCAGAACCACAGUGUGGUGGCCGGCGACUACAAGUACCCUUGCUCUCCUCUCCCUAUUGGCAGUGGGUUCUUUUCGGGUUUCAAGGGGGUAGAAAAAGGCGAGGCGGACAAGGUUUUCCGCGUCACAAUAGCCAACACGGAUCCCAUCGUGUUUUAUUCCUCUCAGGGGGAUGAAUGCCCCAAGGGUAUGGUCGGCAUCGUCAAUCCGAACGAUAAAGAAACCCUGGAUGACUACAAGAAGAGAGCCGGCGCAUUAGCCAGAGGUGUCACUCCUGGUCAGUCAACAUAUGGCGGAGAGCUGGCAGGAAACACAGCGCCCAGUCCUACUGGCAGCAAGAACAACGACAAGGACAAUAAGGAUGGCAAAGACGGCAAAAGCGCCGCUGGGACACUACCUAUCCCCUUGUUGACACUUGUCACUUCGCUGGGUGCUAUCAUUUUCACGGCAUGA